ACUGCCACAGCAAGGUUCUCAGUACGAUACCCAUCCCCCCACCCGAUGACAUUAGGACACAGAAAAAAAUGUCAUUGCCACGAGACACGAAUUUUGUUCUUUAUGGGCAAGACCGGGAGGAUUGAACGGAAGAAGCCUCUUGGAUGAUGAAUGAAACGUUUCACUUCAUCACAUGAUGUAUCUUCCAACAGGGACUUUGCUUUGACACACACCGUAAGCACUGACUCAGAAUAUAAUUAUCAAACCAGAUGAUGGAUCUUGAAGAAAAAGAAAUGGAACGCUUUCUUCUGGAAAUGGUCCACACGGAGAAUAUACCCCUCAGCGAUGAGAUGCAGAGCAUUUUAAAGGAAAUGCAGACCUCAAUACCUUUUCCAACUGGUGUAGACACCACCAUGGAAGCAGCUCCUGCUCCUCCACCUCCACCUAUUGUCCCAGCUCAGCCAAUGUUAAGCAGCUACUCUCAGACAGUGGAAAAUCUGAAUGCCGUGUACAUGGAAGCAGCUCCUGCUCCUCCACCUCAGUUGAUGGCUGCUCCUGCAGUUUAUAAUCAACGUGCUCCUGCAGUUUAUAAUCAAGGUGCUCCUGCAGUUUAUAAUCAAGGUGCUCCUGCAGUUUAUAAUCAAGGUGCUCCUGCAGUUUACAGUCAAGUUGCUCCUGCAGUUUACGGUCAAGCUGCUCCUGCAUAUUACGGUCAAGGUGCUCCUGCAGUUUAUGGUCAAGGUGCUCCUGCAGUUUACGGUCAUUGUGCUACUGCAGUUUACGGUCAAUGUGCUCCUGCAGUUUACGCUCAAGCUGCUCCUGCAUUUUACGGUCAAGCUGCUCCAGUUUUUCAAUAUGGACAAAAUACCAUGCAGACAAGUGGAUACCUGUACAACCAGCCAUUUGCCCAAAGCCAGGGACAAUACCUGCCACCUCAGCAGCAAGUCUACUUGCCAGGAGCACCAGUGUCAUGUGCUCCUCAACAACAGUUUAUGCAAAUGUUGAUCCCAAACCAGGAUUUUACACUGCCUGUCGGAGUACUGAAUGGAGAGGUGGUGUAUGGAAUGGCAACAGGUCCUUCACAUGCUUCGGCUCCUGCCAACAACAUCACAGCCAAACCACAACAGCCAAAGGUUAAGCAGCCAUACGUUAAGAGGCCACCUAAUGCCUUCAUGCUUUAUCUGAAGGACCAGAGACCAUAUGUUAUGGCUGAAGUAAAAUUACUUACUAAUGACACAAUCAACAGUGCCACAGUCAACUCUAUCCUUGGACAAAGAUGGAAGAAUAUGACGAAGGAGCAACAGGGAAAAUAUUUUCUUGAGGCAGCAAGGGAGAGAGAGAUCCACAAUAUGCAACAUCCAGGGUGGUCACCUGGUCAAAAUUACGGCAAGAAGAAAAAGAGAGUCAGGACAAAGGCUUCCAAAAAUACUGAAGAAUCUGCAUUAGAAGCCACAGAUUUUACAGGAAUAGUGGACAAUCAGUCUGAGCUGCCAAAGCAAAUAGAGUUGAUGGGGCCUCCAAUCUCAAAAGUCCCUGAAGUGACCAUCCCCCACUUUUUCUCUCUUCACUCUCUACUGUCCAACUCUGCCCCUCCCAAACACCAACUCCAUUCCUCUACACGCUCUAAUGAUCCAGAGUGUCCCAUGCAACAGUAGAUGUUGUGCUGUGGCUGAGGGGAAGAGUGGU